AUGGUCCUGCAAUUCUCGCCAUGGCGACACGAGUCCGAACUGGCCAUGGUCCGGGACUGGUUUUUCCCUGGUCAUGUGAAACAAGACGGCUUUUCAAUCCCGCCGCCAGACAUGCGGCAGCAAGCCGUGAAUCGGGUCAACCUGUGGCUUUUCAAAGCCGGUCAACUGCCCGCUGCGCUCAUCGCAACCGCCGGGUUGACCGAAGCAUUGUUGCACGACGAGAGAGGUCGAGCGCAGGGAGAACGGAGCAUCUCCGACUCCGCCAUGCAGAGCAUCUAUGCAAUGGCGUUUGCGAGGUUCGUCAACGGAUUCGUUGACCGCGAAGUUGCCCGUUCACAUGCCGCCGAAAUGGCUCUGGAUGGCGCCAGCGCCGGUACUACCGUUGUGUCAACAGCCAAGGGAGAGAGCUCGAUGUAUGCUCACGCCGCGACAAUCGGGAUGCCACAAAAGUUUGUCGAUCUACGGCACGAGGUCACACACGGCCACAUUCCUAACCUGAUCUACCUGCAGCAGAUGACGAGCCAGGCACUAGAGUGGUUGUGGGACAGGUGGUGGGUGAAGAAGGCCACAGGAGAUCCUGCGCGAGCCUUGAGGGAGCUGGAAGAGCGGAAACGGGUUUCCCGGGAAGCGAGAGAGGCUGAAGAACUGGAUGCCCUCGGGGCACAUACUACUCGAGGCACGACAGUCGAAAGAUAUAGAGCCGGUCAAGAACACCAUGUUACCAUGAGCACGGAUGAGUUGGGCGGAAGCCCUUGA